CCUCCUCAUUGUCAAGAGAAACAUUUGUUUUCCCUACAUAAAAUUAAUCCAUUCAUGGUGGUAUUUUGUUAAUUUCCAUGACAUAAUGUUCUUAGAAUGCCUUCCAAAUCUUCCGCUUUGUUUUCUUUUCAUUGAAUAUUUUAAAUCUCGAUUUUCUCGAUGUUUAUUGAUUUUAUUUAACAUGUAAGUACUUCCCUGAUCUUUUGUUGGAAUUAGUUUGUUUUCUUAGAUCAUAAUCAUGAGGACAGUCUUUUUAAUCUUGUUCUUUAUUUUUCUUUUUGCAUCUAAUAUGCAAAUCCUAUUAUUUAGUAAUUUAUCUGGACAAAAUCUUGGUCAUAUGUGAAUGGGAAUGGGAUGGGGAUGCGUCCAUUACCAAUUCUGGGGGAGAACAGGUUCCUCUUGGUAUAAUGGCUCGGACGCUAUAUUUAGUUUUAUGUGGUCAUCCUGAUCUAUGGCUUCUCCAUCUGUGCCAUUUGAUCCUGGAAACGCCACAUACAUCUAGCUGUUUCAGUGCCCAUCCCUUUGUUCAGGAAGUCUUUCCUCUUCUUCUCAAUUUUGAUCUUUAAACUUCUAUUCUCUCUUUGUUUUUUUUUCCUCUGUGGGGUAUUGAAAUCUAAUCAGUGUUCCAUCAGAUUCAUUGACAAAGAGUGUGGCAGUGAUCUAUUUCCCUCUUGUUGUGUUAUAAAAGAUUAAACAGUUUCAAAAGAAUAGAAUAAAUGCUAUUUAGAUUUAAUGAUGUAUGAUUCACAAGUCACUUCAUUUUAUAAAUCAGACCAUCAUCUAAGCCCAAACAACCGUAUUAUUUUCUACAAAGUCUUAAUUAUGAGGAUGUCAGGAACAUAAUUUUAUUGUUUAUUUUCUCUAUUGAUUAAUUAGAGAUUAGUCAUUAGAAAUUCAUGUGUGGAGUUAAGAGUAUCUAGCUGAAAAAUAAAGUUCUGCUUAAAUAAAAUUAUGCACAGAUGUAAUCAAUGAUCGAUAUGGCCGGACUCUUUAGACAAUGUUAUCACCCUAUCUACAACUAUUCAAAUGUGUCGUAUGUAUGUAGAUUAGGUACAACUUUCUUUGCUUUAAAAACUGUUUGGGACAUCCUCAUAAGUUUUAAGAUUUUAACAUUUAGUUCUAUCAAGAGCAAUUUUUUCUUGUACCCCCACAAAAAAAAAUUGUACCAAAAAUUGAUUUUAUUUACUCCAACCUAAUUUGAUUGAAUCUCAUUUGUUCAAAUUCAACAGCCUGACCCAUCUCACCACAUCUAGUCACAUAGUAAGCCCAAUCUAGAUAGGCAAAUGGAUCGGGUUGGGCUCGUAAGAUGGCCCAUCUUGCAAUUCUAUAAACACUCAGAGAGAGCUCAUGAACGGACUCGCGCACCACAAACAAAGGCCGCUCCUGGAAAGGACACUUCGGCAAAGAUAUGUCGGUUACCACUACGUUAUGAAACCCUACCUCUCUCAUUAGCCUUUGAUUCACCAUGCUGUGACCCCUAAACUAAAUAAUCGUAGGGCUUCGUCUUUCCUCCGCCGCUGAGGGAGUCUCGACUCUCCUAUUAUAAUCUGUUCUCCUUUGCGAUGUUGGGGCGGAAGCCGUACAAGACGAAGCUGCGCAUACUUUACCAGCGCGGCCGCCGCGCUCGCCAGAGCUCAACUUCGCUCACGGCGACGCCGAGCUCCGCCGCUCCGCCGGUUCUUUCACUGGUGAUCGUUCAAAACUCCAAAGAAUUACCAUUAGAAUUCGUUCUUUUCCUCUCUUUUUACCUUUUUAUUUUGAUUCGAGCUGAAAUGCCUGAUUUUGUUUCUUGAUCUGUCCUUUCUUGUGGUAUUGUGAAGAUUGUUCAAAUUUGUAGGGUUUCUUGAUCUGCCCGAUUUGAGUGUCUCCAUGCUGAUCUUACAUAAAUACAGAUGUCAAAGCUUGCUUCUUCUGUUGAUGAUUGCAGGAGCAUUCAUGUCCAACUUUAACCACACUAGUCCAAGAACUUACUAUCUGUUUGAUUAAUUAUGCCACUUUAGUGGAGAUUACUGUUGAUAUGUUUCUUCCAUUACUAUUCUUCACUAUCAGGAACUUCACCCAAUUGGAUCCGUUCUCACACAUUAUUCUCCAUGGAGUUAAGUAGACCGAGAUGGAAGGGGAAAGGUUUUGCAGACAUAGCCCAUGCAAAUCCUAUGUCGGAAAUUGUUGCUCAACUUCAAGUCUCUCUUACCCAAUCAGAAGCAUAUGCAUUGUUAUCUGGCUGUGACAUUCUUCUUGAAGCUGAACCGGAGUCAGCUGAUCUUCUAAGUAAGGCCUCCUUUGGCCGAGCAAUCAUUACCUCUAACAAGGAUAAACAAUGGUUCCAAUUAGGUCCAGAGGAGGCUUUCUAUCUGUGUCAUGCUCUAAAAUGCCUUAAGGUCUCAAGAGACAAAGAAACCUGCAUGAGUGAAUUGGAGUUGUGGGAUCACUUCAGAUCUAAAAGGGAAGCAUUUCCUGAGUUUUACAAAGCAUAUUUUUAUCUUCGUUCUAAGAAUUGGGUUGUUCGCCCAGGGAUUCAGUAUGGUGUGGACUAUGUGGCUUACCGUCACCACCCGGCUCUUGUUCAUUCAGAGUAUGCAGUGCUUAUGGUUUCAGAUGGUGAUGGCAACACAAGCAGCGGUCGGUUGAGGGUGUGGUCUGACCUGCAUUGCACCCUUCGAGUCUGUGGCUCAGUUGCAAAGACACUAUUAGUUCUUAUGGUUAGAAGAUAUGGAAGUGAUAGGAAUUCACUAAAUUGUUUGGAAGAAUUCAUUGUUGAGGAGCGAACUAUCACAAGAUGGGUACCAGAGCGCUGUCGGGAGGAUCAAGGCUUAGAAGAAGCUGUUGGAGUUGAUUGAAAGGGAGAUAUUGAGCAGUCCAGUGAUUUGUCCAUGAUCCUGACUUGGCUAUCAGUUUGGACUAGCAGCAAAUACCUCCAUCACAAAGGAUAUUGUGGAAGCUGGUGACUUGGUGGUUUUUCCUGCAGUUCCCUCCAUGAAUGUUAAGACUAUCUGCAAAACUUUGCAGAUGUUAUAAGAGUGAUGUAUCUUAACAAAUAGCAUGCUUUGAGUCUCUGUUCUAGUUGGGCUGUGAUCAGCUUCACCACUAAAGCUUGGGUUGAAGAAGAAGACGGUGCUGUUACCCUAUAUGCCAAACAUAGGGUGAUUCAUCUUUUCAAAUUUCCUCCAACCAUGCAGGGUCCAUUUUAUCAAAUGUCCCAGAUCCUUUUUUGCAGUGUAACUUGAAGUCCUGUUAGUUGAGUUUAAAAAGUAGGAUGAAGUAGAAGUUUGUAGCCUGAGAUGGCAGCACAAUGAUUUGUCCCCCUGCAGUGCAUUGAUUACAACUACUAAGAUCCAUAAUAGAUUUUCUGCAAUAAAAUAUUCUGCAUAACAUGUAAUUAAACAUUUUGCAUAACAUGUAAUUUGGUUUUCUUUCCUCUGAGUUGAUCAUGGGAAGCUUUAAA